AUGGCAAUCUCUACGCGCCAAAGACGUUUCGCUGCUUUUACUGCGGCCACUGCCGUUGUGGUUGGCGCUGGCGCCGUUUUUUUGCAGACAUAUCCACAUCUUGAUCCCACCGAAAAGAUCAAAGCGUUUCUAUACUCCAAACUGCCAAGCCAGGCGAAUGAAGAGAGUGAGGAUUCGGCGCUUACGGAAAGUAGUUACGCUUUGCCCGAAAGUUCUGUUGAAGAGUGGUCAGAGGAAGAUCUGAGAAGGUUUUUAGAACAGAAACAAGUGGUUGCGCCUGAGGGAGCGGCUGUGGAAGAGCUUUUGGCGUUGGUCAAGUCGCUGAAUGUUUGA